CAUACAUAUACCAACCUCACUUCUCAAAAUUAAAUUCUUUGUUUUGUUGUGUUUCUUAGUUGGUUUUUCUACCUUCAAUGAGUAAUUCUGCUUCUGGAGCUGGAAUCGUUAACAUAUUACUAGAAUUCUUGGAAAUAACAAUUCACAAUAUUCUAUACGUGAGAAAACUGUAUCCAGAUUCAAUUUUUCUUCCCAAAAAGAAAUACGGAGUUACAGUGUAUCAAGCUGUGCAUCCAGAAGUUGUAGGUUACAUUAAAGAUUGCCUCAAAGCUGUGGCGUACCAUGCCCAAAAGAAUCAAUUAAAAACAGUAUAUUUGUGUUUUGAGGAUAAUGAUGUUAUUUUAGAACGAUUUGUUAUUGAUGUGCUGGUGAUACAUGAAUUAUUUGAUAGUGAUGUAUUUCUAGUAGAACUAGAAGAAUCUCUAAGAACCUUCAUACUCAAAUUACACUCGUCUCAAAUCUAUUUACCCGAACUAACAUCCCCAGAAGCCACUUUUAGUAUCAGACUGGAAACUACCAAAACAUCCAGCCUAGAAUUCAACCAAAUUCCAUCAUUUGAAGACUUCCCUUGGAUUCAACAAAGCCCUUCCCAAGAAGUUUCAGAAAACACAGCCUCAAUUAUCCCAGUACAUGCUGUAGAAACAAAUUUUUUAAAGCUGCAAUUGUAUGUUGAAAAAAUAUAAUGGACAAUCAGUUGGAAGUGGCCAAAACGAAAACACUAGCUGUGUUUGAAAAUGUAGUUACAAAAGAACGUCAGAGAAAAAGGAAAUUUAGAACAAACACGUUUUCUGAAGAGGAUUCUUCACCGUCUGAAUCGGAACUUGUUAUUGAUGAAGCAGAGAAAUUCAAGCGGAAGAAAGCAGGAGUGAGGGUACAUCUUAAAAAAGAAACAAUUCAAGUAACAUGUGAAUGGGAAGGAUGCUCUGCACAAUUUACAAUUUUGCAUAAUUUUUUUGAGCAUUUAACUGAACAUGGUCAACAAAGCGAUGAUUUGAAAUGUAAAUGGGCAGAUUGUCCCAAUCCAACUGGUUCAUUUAACCAAACAAUUCUUAUAAGACAUUUAGCUUAUCACGGCUAUUUAUCCAAACUUGCAAACAUAGGAGAAAACGUACUUAAUCGCAACAAUUUUCCUGAUUGCUCCUUUGAAAAAAAAUAUUCCGUCCGCAUUCCAUUGGAUGGCUACGAAUGUGAGUGGGUUGGCUGUAGAGGCCAUAUGAUGAACACCAUUUAUGAAUUUUUAAGUCACGUUGAUCGGCACGUCUUACUGGCUCCGACAGGCAAAAAAAUGAAUGAUCGAGAAGAGAUAUCUUGCCACUGGGGCGGCUGUAAUGGUGUCUACACUACACGUUACAAACUGGGUGAUCAUCUGAAAGCACACACUAAAGAGCGUACAAUAGCUUGUCCUACAUGUAUGAGUUUAUUUUCAACGAAAACCACUUUUUCAGAUCAUAGAAAGCGACAACUUAAACCUGACAUGAGAAGCUAUCAGUGUUCACAAUGCUUGAAAUUAUUCUCUGCCGAAAGAUUGCUCAGCGAUCACAUGAGAGUACAUAUAAAUCAGUACAAAUGUACUUUAUGUGAUAUGACUUGUCCUAAACCUUCGAUGCUAGCUAAACAUUUCAGGUACAGGCACAUGGAUGUGCGUUUGUUCAAAUGCCACAUUUGUUCGAAAACUUUUGUAACAAAUUCCAAUCUCAAAACACACUUGACGACCCACCAAGAGAAACCGUUCAAAUGUGACCAAUGCGAUUUUGGUUGUAAGAGUAAAGUGGGCCUUAACAGUCAUAUGAAAAAAAAUCACAAACAAGAACAACUUAUUUAUGAAUGUCCGGUCUGUAAACAACAUUUAAAACGUGGCGACUACUUAACAUUCCAUUUAAUAAAAAAGCACAAAUUCCAUUGGCCUUCUGGACAUAGUAGAUUCAGAUAUCGGAAAGAUUCUGAUGGUAUUCAACGUCUCCAAACUAUCCGUUACGAAAGCUUAGAAGUAACAGAACAAAUGAUAAGAAGUGAAUCGACUCAAACGACAAUAAAUCCAAGUACAGUUACCUAUAACGUUAUAUACGACAAAGAUGACAAAUACAAACUGACCAUUUUACAACAGCCUGAUAAUCCUGAAACUGAAAAUCCUUAUAAUCCAGAAACUGAAAAUCCUGAUGAUCCUGAAAAUGAAGAUAAUACUGAAGAUAGGGCAAUCAUAAUUACUCUGGAAGAAGUGGAUGAAAGCGGUAACAUUAUAGAAAGCAGAGAAAUUGUAACUAAUUCUAAAGACCUUCCUACCGUCAAGCUAGAUGGGCCUCCUAAAAUAAUCGCUAAGAGAGAUAUGCCUAUAGUUGAAAAUGUAGUUUAUUUGAAUGAUGAUUUGGAAGUGAAAACUGAGUUUAUUCCAUAAUAAUUUUUGUAUGGUAAUAUUUUCUAAAUAUAUAUUUUUAUGGGACAAUUGAAGUUAUAUACAGGGUGUCCCACGGUGGAUGGCGUAUUAGACGUUUAUGAAGAACUAAAAAGCGGAUCAUUUUGAAAAUUUGGCAACGGGAUAAACGACCAUAAUCUACACUUUAAAAAUAUUUUUGUUUAUGCGGUGUUGCCGCUUCUACUCUAAACUAGUGGCAACAUCGCUAUUUUAAAUGGAACACCCUGUAUGUGAUUGCAUAUUUCGAUUCUACGUAAAAUUCUGAGCAGAUUUCAUGUUAUAUACCCUAUACCUAGUUCAACUGUUUUGGAAAUAAUGACAGUUCAAAAUUGACUUUUUGCAACUCUGACAGGCUGUAAAACGUGAACGGUUAAUUUUAGAGGAAAACCGAUUUUACAUUCCUAUCUUAGAUUUUUAUAAACUAUAAUUUGACACCAACUCUGAAUUUAAUCCAUGAUUAAAAAUUCCAAUUAAAUUUAAUCGGUUAAAUUCAGAGUUGGUGUCAAAUGAUAGUUUAUGAAAAUCUAAGAUAGGAAUGUUAAAUCGGUGUUCCUCUAAAAUCAACCGUUUAGGUUUUACAACCUGUCAAAGUUGCAAAAACUCAAUUUUCAACUGUCAAUAUUUCCGAAAUAGUUGAACUUAGGUAUAGGGUAUCUCACAUGAAAUCUGUUCAGAAUUUUACGUAGAAUCCAAAUAUGCAAUCACAUACAGGGUGUUCCAUUUAAAAUAGCGAUGUUGCCACUGAUUAAGAGUAGAAGCGGCAACACCGCAUAAACAAAAAUAUUUUUAAAGUGUAGAUUAUGGUCGUUUAUCCCGGUUGCCAAAUUUUCAAUAUGAUCCGCUUUUUAGUUCUCCAUAAACGUCUAAUACGCCAUCCACCGUGGGACACCCUGUAUAUUGUCAUAAAUUCCUUAUUAUGAGUAAAUUUGAUUGUUGCCAAACAUUGUAUUAUUCACUUUUAAAGUACCUAACAUAAAAUAUGGAUGGUAAUAAUAAGACAAUAAUAGUAGUCUUCAAGGAUAUAUGAAAGGACUUCAACAUUGUGACAGCAUUAAGGAGAAUUCUGGAUUCGAACCAAGCAAAAAGUUCUGUCAAAAAUUUCAGUAAAUACUAAACAAGUUAUACACUAUUAGAAAGAGCAUUAAAUUUCCUAUAAAUCUGUGCUAAAUUGAGUUUGAAUGAUUAAAUACUUUUUGAGCAAUUAAGCCCUCUUGAUUUCGCCCGAAAAAGUAUUCUGGUGAUUCAAAUG